AUGGCCAUAAAGAAGUGUCUUACCAAACCAACCACCAUCAUCCCCCUGACAGCCUUACAGGAGUGUCUUACCAAACCAACCACCAUCAUCCACCUUAAAGCCAAACAGGAGUGUCUUACCAAACCAACCACCAUCAUCCACCUGACAACCAUACAGGAGUGUCUUACCAAACCAACCACCAUCAUCUCCCUGACAGCCAUACAGGAGUGUCUUACCAAACCAACCACCAUCAUCCCCCUGACAGCCAUGAAGGAGUGUCUUACCAAACCAACCACCAUCAUCCCCCUGACAGCCAUACAGGAGUACAUAAAGGAGUGUCUUACCAAACCAACCACCAUCAUCCCCCUGACAGCCAUAAAGGAAUGUCUUACCAAACCAACCACCAUCAUCCCCCUGACAGCCAUAAAGGAGUGUCUUACCAAACCAACCACCAUCAUCCCCCUGACAGCCAUACAGGAGUGUCUUACCAAACCAACCACCAUCAUCCCCCUGACAACCAUACAGGAGUGUCUUACCAAACCAAUCACCAUCAUCCCCCUGACAGCCAUACAGGAGUGUCUUACCAAACCAACUACCAUCAUCUACCUGACAACCAUAAAGGAGUGUCUUACCAAACCAACCACCAUCAUCCCCCUGACAGCCAUACAGGAGUGUCUUACCAAAUCAACCACCAUCAUCCCCCUGACAACCAUACAAAGGUGUCUUACCAAACCAACCACCAUCAUCCCCCUGACAGCCAUACAGGAGUGUCUUACCAAACCAACCACCAUCAUCCACCUGACAAUCAUAAAGGUGUGUCUUACCAAACCAACCACCACAACCUGCAACCUUAUUCACUAA